AGUUUGUCAUCUUUCUCAGUUCAACUGUCCUUCACCUUCACCAACUCUUCAAAUCUCUCUCUAGCUACCUAAUCUACAUCUCCUUCAAUCCCUCUCUCACUACCACCAUUACUCAAUUCCACACCUAACAAGUAAUAUCAAUGCUUUUGAUGAUAUGAUCCAAUACUCAAUUCCAACACCACAACCGGAGCUUCUUCAAGUUCCGGUCUUCUAAAACAAUGCCUUCCUUUCCCCCCAAAUCAUUCUUCAACGCACGUCAAUCCAUUUCAUCUCGCAGAUCCUCGUUACUCAUCCUCAUCUCUGUCCUCUUCUUCGGAAUCGUUCUUUUUCUCAGACCGUUUCAAAACAACCAUCGCUGCCUAAAUAGAAACCCUAGAUCUGUUCGCGUCCUAUGGGAUCACGGUACCGGUGGCCGAAAUGCGGUUGUUGAAGAUAGGCAUAAGGUAAUGGCCUUUGUUGGAAUUCAGACCGGAUUUGGAUCCGUUGGUAGACGGCAAUCUUUGAGGAAGACUUGGUUUCCUUCCGAUCCUGAUGGACUGCAACGCCUGGAAGAAGCCACUGGUUUGGCUUUUAGGUUUGUUAUUGGUAGAACAAAUGAUAGGUCGAAGAUGUCUGCGCUUAAGAGCGAAAUAGCUGAAUACGACGAUUUCAUUCAAUUGGAUAUUGAAGAGGAGUACAGUAAGCUCCCAUACAAAACGUUGGCUUUCUUUAAAGCUGCUUAUGCUCUUUUCGAAGCCGAAUUUUAUGUUAAAGCUGAUGAUGACAUAUAUUUAAGGCCAGAUCGGCUUUCAUUACUACUUGCAAAAGAGAGAUCUCAUUCCCAGACGUACAUAGGAUGCAUGAAAAAGGGCCCCGUUUUCACUGAUCCGAAACUCAAAUGGUAUGAGCCACUAUCUAAUUUGCUUGGAAAGGAGUAUUUUCUUCAUGCUUAUGGUCCUAUUUAUGCUCUUUCAGCUGAUGUUGUAUCAAGCUUGGUUGCUCUUAGGAAUAACAGUUUUCGGAUGUUCAGCAAUGAGGAUGUUACCAUUGGAGCUUGGAUGCUUGCAAUGAAUGUCAAACAUGAGAAUAUUCACGAACUUUGUGCUCCAGCGUGUACAUCAACAUCAAUUGCGGUGUGGGAUAUUCCUAAGUGUUCAGGCCUCUGUAAUCCAGAACAGAGAAUGUUGGAACUUCAUCAAAUGGACAGCUGCAUUCAGAGUCCAACUACGGUAUCUGAUGAUUAGAAUAUAUCUUUUUAAUUAUAUAUCUUCAUGUCAACAGAGGACACUUUGAUGUGAAUUUUUUUUUCCUGUAAGUUUUUCUCUUACCUUCUUUAGGAAGCCUUUAUGUAAAGCAUGAGAAAAAUACAUAUAAUUAGGAAUCAUGAUAUAAUUUUACUAUACUUGUUUUCCAAUUUUUAUGACAUUCUUGUUUAGAUUUUAUAUAUGUACAAGAAACUCACGUCAUUCUUUUGAAAAAUAAUGAAAUUAGCCUUUGUUUGAA